AUGAGCUUCUACUCAAAUUACCAUGAGUGCAGCCAAGUAAUAUCAGCAAGAGACACCAUUACGAUUGCAACGUCCGGUGUAGUGGUCACUUCCACCCUGGCGACACCAAUCACCGUUUAUGCGGACGGAGUCCCGCUGAUCUGGGAGAAGUCCGAUAUCCCAGAAACGACCAGCGCGUCAAUAACGCCCUUGUCAACACAAACAUCGGCCGUAACCAGCGCGACAGCAACAAACUCGCCCAACGAUAAUAGAAGUGGUGGCUUGUCACAGCGAGCUAAGAUCGGCAUUGGUAUCGGGAUCCCGUUUGCGGCCAUUGCGAUAGGAGUAGCGAUCUUUUUCUGCUUCCUCAAACGACACAAAAAGGCCAAAGACGAGCGGAGCGCAGAGAUACAUAUUUCUCCACGAGGUCACGGGCCUUUCCUAGAGCUGGCUAACGGAAAGAGUUCUGGGCCUUUCGAGCUCGCUAGGAUUUCUGAGUAUCAUCAAGACAUCGCUUUAAGCGCUAUAGAAUAUCAUAAGUAA